AUGACAUAUUUCAUCAUUAAGGGGAUAUCAGAUAUACCUGAACUGCAAGUUCCAAUAUUCAUUUUAGUUCUAAUCAUAUAUCUUGUCACACUUGCUGGGAACAUGACAAUUCUCAUACUUGUCUGUACUAAGUCUAUUCUUCACACUCCAAUGUAUUUUUUCCUGGGGAACUUAUCCGUGUUAGACAUCUCCUCCAGCACUGUAACUCUUCAUAAACUUCUAAUUAAUUUCUUAUCUGGGAAUAAUAAAGUUUCUUUUUUAGGUUGUAUGGCCCAGUUGUAUGUUUUUGCAUCUUUACUUGGUGCUGAGCUCUUGAUUCUGACAGCUAUGAGUUAUGAUCGAUAUGUAGCUAUCUGUAAACCUUUACACUAUCACAUGAUCAUGAGUGGUAGAGUUUGUCUUCUCCUGGCCAGUGCAUGCUGGGCCUGGGGUCUUUUGGAAAGCUUACCACAUGUUUAUAUAAUAUCCAAUUUCUCAUUUAAUGGUUCAAAAGUGAUUAACCACUUUUUCUGUGACUUUUUACCACUUAAACAGCUUUCUUGUAGUGAUACAUCAGCUUUGGAACUAGUGACCUUCUCUAGUGGACUUUUCCAUUCUUCCUUCUCAAUGUUUUCAACAUUUAUUCCUUAUAUUUUUAUUAUUGUUGCCAUCCUCAGGAUCCCUUCCAUUGCUGGAAGACGUAAAGCCUUCUAUACGUGCUCCUCACAUUUAACAGUUGUGAUUCUUCUCUAUGUGACGCUUAUCUCUCAAUACAUGAUUCCAGCUUCUAUUAACAGCUUGGAUUCCAACAAAUUUUACUCUCUCUUUAACACAGCUGUUGUCCCUAUGCUAAAUCCGCUUAUUUACAGCUUGAAAAAUAAAGACGUAAAGUCGGCAUUGAGAGGAAAACAAAGAUAG